AUGUCAUUUAAUUUAAAUACAAUUGGACUAAAUACAAUAACAACUUCAAAUACUGCAGCUUUAAAUUCAACUAUAAAUAAUGUAAAUAAUAAUAAUAAUAAUAAUAUAAAUAAUAUAAAUAAUAAUAAUAAUAGUAAUAAUAAUUUAAAUAUGUUAUCUACAACAAUUUCAACUCCAACUUCAAAUCCACCAACAUUACAGCCACAACAGGCACAACAACGACAAAGUGGUGAUAAUGGAGGAAUAACUUUAACAGGUCAAUUAUUAGCAAUACAACAACCACAACCACCACAACCACAACCACAACAGACUCAACUACAACAAUCUGCUAAUAAUACACCACCACCUUCAGUUGAAAAUAUAACAAUAUAUAUAUUACCAGUUGGUAUUCAAACUACAAGUUUACCACCAUUUUUAAUGAAAAAACAUACACUAUUCAAAAGAUUAUUUGGACAUAUUUCACAAAGAUUUUCAAUUGAAGAAUCUCAAUUAAUAUUUUUAUUUCAAGAUAGAAUAGAUCCUGAACAAUGUCCUAAUGAUAUUGGAUUAAAUAGUGGUGAAACAAUUGUAGUUAGAAAAUUAAAAAAUAAAUUACGUGCAAAUAACCUACAUUCAAUCUUUGUAAAUAAUAUUGGUUCUUUAUUUAAUAAUCCAGUUUAUAGUGAUAUUGCUUUUAAAUUAUUAGAUGGUUCACUUUUACUUUCUCAUAAAAAUAUUUUAUCGUCCAGAUGCCAAAAAUUUCAAGGAAUGUUUCAAAAUGAUAUGAAAGAGAGUCAAUUAAAAGAAAUUGAAAUUGUAAAUUAUGAACCUGCUGUUUUUAGAAAAAUGAUUGAAUAUUUAUAUUCAGAUUCAUUAAAUGAAGAUAAUAUUGAUAUGGUAUUACAAUUAAUUAUUAUAGCAGAUGAAUAUUUAUUAGAUACUUUAAAACACCGUUGUGAAUUAAAAUUAAUUACUGAAAUUAAUUCAAAUAAUGUUGCAUUAUUUUUAUUAAAAUCAGAUAUUUAUAAUUGUAAAUUUUUGAAAAAAUCAUCAAUGGAGUUUAUACUGGGAAAUGUUAAAAAAUUAUUCCAAAAUAAAGAAUUUAAUAAAGUUUUAUCAGAAUCACCAAGUCUAUUGUUGGAAGUUAUCCAAGAAAUGGCACCUCUUUAUGAAGAUAAUGUAAAUGGAAGUCGUAAAUCUUAUUUUACCAUUAAUGGAAAUUAA